AUGUUCCUGCUACGCACACUCGCGGCCAUACUGGUCUUUGCCAGUGCCAUGCCGGCCAUGACUACUGAACAACUCGAUCCAAUGCUUUCGCCGGUCGAAAGCGCUCAUCCGCACGAGGACGUGAAGCGAGGCCCAGAACCACUGGCAUAUGCUUCCGGCUAUCAUCUGAAGAAAGGCAAGCAGCCUCACAUUGUCAGGGAUAUCAGUGGAUCUACGAUCUCAAGGCCUGUUCCAGAUCCCACUACGAAGCCUACAGCAAGUCGUAACCUCCCAAGUGGAGUUGGACUUGCCUUUACUUUGAUUCCACGCGGCACUGCUGUUUCUGGGUCGAUUGCACAUUCGACCUCCACUACGACUGUCACGAGAACUGUGUCGACAACCUUUACGACAGUUUGUACUUCCAGUCUGACUACUACUCUUCCUGCAGCUUCUACUGCAACUUCUACUUCAGCAUCCAGCGACAAUUCGUCCAAUCUAUCUUCCUCCACUUUUGCACCCCCAGAUACCACGACCGUGGCACCCAUGUCCACUACAAGCUCCGCGGUCUGUUCUUACUCGAGUGGGUCAGUCCUUCCUCCUGUAGGCUCACUUGGCGGACAAGGAGUUCUUGGCCACGUCAUCAACAAUCGCCUUGAUACUGUUUACGUACAUACCAGCGUCGGCGGUAAGGACAACUUUGCGGCAUUCGAUGACCCGUGCGACUCUCUUGGUACGUAUCCUAUCACGUCGGGCUCGACGUACGACACAGCGGUUCGAGCAAUCAUAAAUGGGACGGGUGGCGUAUCUCUCAAGCUCGGUAAAAGUGCCAAGAUGGAUCCUUCCAACAUCUAUCAGGUCGAGUACUCGCAAACGGUCAACCCUUAUGGGGGUAAGAUGACGAUCUGGUUCGAUCUGAGUGCCCUCAACGGCGACCCGUUCAUAAGUUGCAGACGUUAUAUGCAGGUCACCAACAGUACCAAAGCAUGCAAUCUGUACAAUCCUCCUGGUAGCACGGCGAUGAAUUGGGAUGCCGGUAAAGGAUCGACACAGGCAAAGUGUGAGGUCGUGGGCGAUGUUUAUUUCUAUCUGUGUUGA